AUGUUUCAGAACUUUACACCAGAUAAUGAAGGGGAAGAGAAGAAUACUGGCCACUCCAUACAUGUCUUGAUCACAGAGGCCGCUCCUACUGUUCACGAAGCCAAGAUAAAUGAGACCCAAGAUUUAUUCCGAGAAGAUGACAUUCUGAUAAUAUUGUUAUACGUUGCUCUACCCGUCCUUGCUUUGGGACUUUUCAGCAAUGGAGCUAUCUUCUGGUUUCUCUGUUGUAGAAUCAAAAAGACUAAAUACACAGUAUAUGUGCUAAAUUUAGCCAUUGCUGAUUUCACUGUCCUCUUCUGUCACAUCAUAUACUUUGUUAUUCAUCUAGUUACAUGGGAAGACACUCUUUUGGACUCGAAUUUCUAUUUGGUAUUUGAUAUUUUGACGUUUUUGGGAUUCAAUACCAGUUUUUUCCUGUUGACAGCAAUUAGCGUGGAGAGGUAUGUGGGCACUUAUUUCCCUCUCUGCUAUCGUUUUAAUCGGCCAAAGCAUCUUUCCACCAUACUAUGUGUGGUCCUGUGGGGCCUCUCCUGUAUCAUGGUGGGACUAGAAUAUAUAUGUUGGCAGGAAUACAUCUCUUCCAGAGCUUCACACCCGGCAAAUAUAUUCAUUGUCAUCGUUUUCAUGGUAUUUUUGCCAGUUAUGAUCUUUUGUAGCUUCAGCCUGUUUAUCAAAGUAUCUAGAUACCCACAGUCAAAAUCUCCAGCUCGGUUUUAUCGUACUGUUGUUAUCACAGUCAUUCUGUUUCUUAUCUUGGCUGUGCCUCAACAGAUCGUAUGUCUGAUGCAAUACAUGCAGCCAACAAUGGAGUUAAACUGGACCAUGAUUCAUAGCUUUUUCUUGCUUAAUUUAAUCAACAGCAGCCUCAAUCCUUUUGUUUACUUUUUUGUUGGGAGACAGAAAAAGCAGCAUUCUAAGGACCCUUUGCAUGCAGUGAUCUAUAGAUCCUGCAAUGAUGAAACCUUGGAUCAUACAAGCAGCAAACAAGUGGCAUGA